UAUUAUCAUUUCGUUUAUUAUUACACAGAUUUUCUUUAAUAAUUUUCACCGAUGCCAGAUUGAUCGAUAUUAGAAACGACUUACCAAGCUGUUCAACGAAGGAAUGCAAAGACUUUGGUAAAGUUUUCAAAAUUGAAAACUCGGCGAGAAUGGAAAAGUUUUAAGGAAAUACUUGUCGUUUUUUUUACGAUAUUAAACAGGUAGGAGGAUAGUAACGAACAUGAACGCCUCCGUGGAUCCGUGCGUGGACUUUUAUGAAUAUGCAUGCGGCAAUUGGCCGAGAUCGCGUACACUUCCGCCUGAUGAGAAUCCCUGGCAAAUGCGAGCCGCAUCUGAUGAAGAGAACAAACGAAAAGUCGAGGACAUGUUGAAGUUGGAAUUGCGAGACGAUGAAAUUCUUUCCGUAAAAGUAGCGAAACAGUGGUAUAAAACUUGCAUGAAUACAGAGGAUGCAAACAAACGAGGUAUGGAGCCAUUAGUGUCGAUUUUGGAUAAAAUUGGUGGAUGGCCGAUGAUAAUGGAACGAAACGAGUGGGACGAGAGUGGACAGAAAUGGCAGAAUAUAGACGAUUAUUACGCUCAUUUAAGGGGAUUGAAUUUAUUACACGAUAUCCGGGUCACGGCAUAUGGUAGAGGUUCCAAAGAGAGGAGCGUAGUGUUGGACGUUCCUGAUAUGCCAUUGUACUCGUGGAUGCUGCGAGAAUAUUUCGACGCCGAGAAUGAGACGAUUAAUAAGCAAGAUUUUAGAAAGGCGGAAAAAUAUUGGGAUUGGAUUUCAAAAAUAGCUUCGAGAACAUCCGAGGCUGGAGGAUUUAAUAUAACGAAGUCUCAGCUCGAAGAAGACAUUGAGGAUAUAUUUAGCUUCGAAUGGAAGCUAUUAAAGAUAACUAGUUUAGUAGACGAUUAUGUAAAUAUGACCGUGGGAGAUUUUCAGAGAUGGUACGAUAAUUUAAACCCACGUACAGAAAACUCUAUGGUGAAUUGGACAGAUAAAAUAAUUAAUAUUUUUAAAGAAUCGGGUAUCGAUAUUUCAAACGAUACAUUGGUAAAAAUAACUUCUCCCUGUUAUUUCAAAAAUUUAGUUCCUCUACUCGACCAGACUUCGACAAGAACUAUAGUAAAUUUCCUUCAUUGGAGCUUCGUGUCGUCGAUGAUCACGAGGACUACCGACGAAAUGAGAGAAUUGAAUGCCAAAAUGAUGGAAAGCGAUUCAGACGAGCAGGAAUCUAGAUCGGAUUUGUGCAUUAAAGAAGGAAAGAUAACGGAAGUGAUUGCUUACGAAUUCGUGAGAAGAUAUUUUUCUAACGAUAUGAUAGAUAUGACGAUGAAUGCGUUGAACGAUAUAGAAGAGGAAAUGAAAAUGGAUAUAGAAGAAUCGAAUUGGGCGAGCGAGGAGAUAAAAGGUUUCGCUUUGAGAAAAAUUAAAUCCAUAAAGAAGAAUAUUGGUUAUCCGGAUUGGUACAACAACGCAUCCAUCAUGGAAAAUUAUUUUGGCAAUCUUACUAUGGGACCGAUGUAUUUCGAAAAUGCUUUGAGAUUUCAGAAAUUUUAUAAAUUAAAGGAAUUGCGACUUUUGAAAUAUAAAGAUGUAGCAAAAUCAUGGAUUAUUGAUCCUUUGACGAUCAAUGCUUUUUAUUUAAGCGAAUCGAAUUCGAUCACAAUACCCCUGGCCAAUCUACAGAAACCAUUUUUCAGCAAGAAUCAGCCAAAUACGAUCAACUAUGCAUUGACUGGAUUUUUACUGGCUCAUGAAUUAUAUCAUUCCUUUGAUGAACUAAAACGUUUUUUUAAUGAAUACGGAGAAAAGAUAAAUUGGCCAAAAACAAUGACAAACGAAUAUUAUAAAAGUGCUCAAUGUUUUGUCGACCAGUAUAAUAAUUAUACUUUGAAUGGCACAUCUUCUGGCAUAAAAAUUAACAAUUAUGGCAAUCAAACUUUUGAUGAAAAUAUGCCAGACACUAUGGGAUUGAGAACUGCAUACAAAGCGUAUAAAAGAAGGGAAACGAUAAAUGGGAGAUCGGAAGCAGCAUUGCCCGGAUUGGAAAUGUUCAACAACGAUCAAAUUUUCUUCUUAUCGUCUGCCAAUUUAUGGUGCGAAAAUAGAGAUUCCGAAACGGAAGCAAUAACGGAAGCUAAAUUAGACGUGCACAGUAUCGCACGAUUAAGAUCCAUUGGCGCCCUUUCAAACAAUCAAGAUUUUGCGGAUGCAUUUUCGUGCCCCAUUGGCAGUCCUAUGAAUCGUAAAAAGAAGUGCAACAUUUGGAAAAUAUAACAGCAAUACUUAUUGAAUUUAUAUAUAUA